CUAUGGGUGUUCUUAGUGUUUGCCAAAUAUAAUACGAGUCUCGAAAUAUUGCGUUAUUUUAAAGUAACUACCAAGAAAUAACAAUUAGAGCUCAAAGCUGAGGUGAUGCCAUUUUCGUACUCGACGAGAGUGAGGUUGGCUCGUUGACUAUAUAAAAAAGGUAUUGGUGUAUCAAACUGGUUGCAUUGCAAUGACACAGGUAGCAUACGUGUAGCACACACACACCCACACACACACUUUUUAUGUUGUUCAGGAAAAGUUGGAAUCAAUGAUGUCUGACCCGGUCCAGACAACCUCUGACAGUUUGUGUAAACUGGUCCGCUGGGCUCACAGUCACGGUACAAUCUGCACCCUCAUACCAAGCCUGCAGCGUCUCACUCACCGUUCCUAUGGCAGUGUCCUCACCACAGAUGCCUGUCCCUAUGGCAACGAUGUUGCUGUUGCCAUGUGGGGCUGCGGAGCCGGACACGCCUACCACUGGCCCAUGGGUUACCGUGGAAGCAGUUCGGGGGCCUCAGCCAAUAAUAACCAAGAUCAGAAUAGGUUUGUCGGUGGUCGUUCGACAAACGAGGAGGCAGUUAAGGAGUCAUUUGACCUGUCCUGCAGCGAACCAGCAUCUGAGGCAGAGGAGUUUAGCAGCCGCCUUUUUGACAUGGCUGGCUGUGAUUCAUCAGCCACAGAUGACGAUGGCGACUAUGAGCCUCGUCAGUCCAGGAAGAGGGGGGAGGCACUAGGGGCUGGGACUCCAGUGGGUUCAGGUGGUGGACAAACCAAGAGGUUUAAACAAGAAGUGACCUCAGAGGAGGAUUGCAACAUUGUGGCGAACGUGGCACAUGGCGAGCUCACAGACAUCAAAACUUUGCCGGCUAGCCAGGCAACACACAUCCAAAACUCACAAAUGACACACACCCUUUCCGCUCAAAAGUCCCCUCACUCCUGCUCCCAGCCCCAGCUGAUUGCUCAGCUCGGAGAGCAAGGAGAGACACUUGGGUGUGAGGGGGCAGUAGACUCUGACGUGGACCUGUUAGGAAAGGGAAAUGGCUGCUCUGCAGAGACCACAGACAAGACUGUAGGAGGUAUUUCUGAGCUGGAUCGUCUGUGUGCGUUACUUUGUGCGGAGCGAAGCCGAAACAAUCAGCUCAGUGAGACGAUCAGCGAUUUGAGACGAGACAAAGAGCUGCUUCAGUGUGAACUCACCAAGAAGGCGGAGCUUAUCUGUGACUUCCUGCAGGACCAAGUACGCCCAGAGAAGAACCGGCCUCAUUCCUCCAGUCAAAUGGAACCAGGAAGUACUCACAAGACUUCUGAUGAUGUGACGCCAUUCGAUUCGCCAGCACUAUUUGACUCAUUUGAAGAGGUCGAGCUUCACCCUUUGGAGCCACGCAGAGCCUUGAAGAGCAAGAGGAGCCGUGACGGAGAAAAUACUCGAGUUAGGAUGAAGAACGUGGUUGGUGUGAUUGCCCGCUACAUGGCCGCCCUCCAGGAGUUCAGGCGCAGUGUUUCCAUGAAGGUCGCCUUUGACCGAGUUGGCGUGGACCGCAAUACCAUUUCCCGCACAGCCGCCAUUGCUGAGCUUAGCCUGGCGGCGCCGGAGGUUUUCCACGCGCUGAAACCAUGGGAUGAGAAAGAAGAGACACUGGCGCAUUAUGCCCACCGGUGCCGACAGGCCAUGGACGAUAACAUCAAGGCCAAGAUCAAAACCAUGAAGGCCAAAGGAGAUUUGUUACCCAUCGUGUCCAAAUGAUCACCUCCAAAAACAGAAGAUCAGUUAGGUCAUAACUCACUCCUGGCAAAGAGCUGAGUGGCCUGGCGGAUAAAUUACAACACUUACCUAUUGUUCAUUUGAAAUGGAAUAUGUAAGAACUUGGACAUGAGCACACACACUUAUUUAUUGUAAAUAGAAGUGUUGCUAUAAAUGCCAAUAAUCACAGCAUAACAUAACAUAUACACACACAUGCGCGUGCAUACGCUCACAUUUAUUAUACAGAGGGCCUGCAACAGUGUUCAGACCCUUGACCAAUUCUCACAUUUUGCUGUGUUAUAAAUGGUACAUUAAAUUAAUUUCUGUGUGAUGGUUAAAAGCACUGAAACUCUUAAUUAUUUCAUGAUGACAUUGGCUCUAUAUUAAAAAAGUAUUUGGAAAAAUAAAAACCUAAACAUGCUCUUUGCACAAAUAUCCAACCCAAAUGUUAUAAUGUGUAAGGUGUGAAAACUAAUGCAAGUGACAUAUUUCAAUUUUUCACUUUUUUCAAAUGAAAAUAUAGACAAAUAAUUACAGUUGGCUUUGAAAUUUUACCAUUAGAGCGUUGGAGUUUGCAAGAAAAAUAAUUGGAAAAAUAUGUGCAGGUAUCAUUGUUUUCAGACAAACUUGACAACAUUCAAAGAUACUAUAUGCUUUUGCAAUGCACAGCAUAUAUACACCAGACCAGUGGUAGCCUACCGUGUGCCAUGGAGAGCCAUGUGUAUGCAGGUUUUCAUUCCAGCCGGAGGUGAUUUCACUGAUUUGCAACCUUCAACCAAAGAGGAAGAAUAUAUCAG